GUCAUGCAUCAUCAAUACAGUCUGCAGUCGUCACCCUGACAGUCCAGUAACUCAGUUGCAACUUCACCUGCCUCUUAUAAAAACAGGCGUUGUUCGGCGCCUACAGUUGAUGUGAACCGAGAGUAAAGGAGAUCAGUUUACAUUUCCAAGAGCAUGGCAAUCGCUGACAACGUAAUCGCCGUUUUGACCAGCGCGAGCAACGGCUCGUCCGUCGCUUUCCCUUUGUGCCUUGUCGCGACAUUCCUCGUGACAGCUCUGGUGUGGCGGCAUCUGACGUACUGGAGGAAAUACACCUUCCCGCCCGGGCCUCGGGGCUGGCCCUUGAUCGGGAGCUCUCCGCUGAUCGCUCCAGAUUCCGGACAGACCAAUGCCAACAUCACCCGAAUUGGAAAACAGUACCACCCUGACAUGUUCACGCUGACUUUGUACUUAGGAAAGCGCAUGCUCAUUUUAAACAGCUUGGAGUCUCUUAAAGAUGCCUUUGUGAAGCAGUCGGCUCUUGUGUCUGACCGACCAAGCGUGUGGCCAUUUACGUAUGUCAACGAAAACCACAGGAAUAUCGGUGUCUUCUUGGAGCCUUACACCGAGAGUUGGAAAAGAGAGAAGAAGUACAUGUUGCGAACCGUGCGCCAGUUUGGCUACGGUAUCCCAGCUUCUGAGAGUAUCGUCCUUCGAGAAGCCAAUCACUUGGCGGAGCUUUUCCAGAAGAGGGAAGGACAGCCGUUUGAGCCAAGCCGAUCCAUCAGCUCCUGCAUGCUAAACGUGACUUUAUCUAUGGUCUUCAGCACAACUUACGAAGAAGACGACAAGGAGUUUAAUCACGUCUUGGAAUCCGUUUUGAAUUGGUAUACGGACGUCUUCAAACUUUACCAUGUGGAGCCGCUGUUGCCCCUCUUUGACAAACUCGGACUCAACGCUCGCCUUCAGAGAGGAAAAGCUAUGACCAAGGAAGUGUUAGCGUUUGUCCAGAAGCAGGUCGACAACCACAAGGCGACCCUGGACCCGGACAACCCGCGAGACAUGGUGGACGCCUGUCUGAUCGAGUUGGCCAAAGACAACCCCAACAGCGACUUGAGAGAGUUCACCAACGAGAAGUUACUGUGGAUGCUGUGGUUCUUCAUCCCCGACCAAGCAGACACGGCCUCGGGCCCAAUGCUCUUCCUGCUGCUGGCCACUGCUCUCCACCCUGAGGUGCAGCAGCGCGUCUUCCAGGAGAUCCAAGAAGUCAUCGGGAACCGCCCGCCUUCCCUUAAGGACAAGGACAACAUGCCGUACACCGAGGCUGUUAUACUCGAGACUCUGCGCAUGGACACCAGCGUCUGGUUUCUGGUUCCCCACUUCACAGCUGAUGAUGUCGAGAUUCUCGGCUACAAGAUCCCAAAAGACACGACAGUCAUCCCUAACAUCUACGCAGUCCACUUCGACCCGAAGCUGUGGGGUGAUCCAGAAAACUUCAGGCCCGAGAGGUUCAUCGACGAAAGCGGCCGAAUCAAGCGACCACCUUACUUCAUUCCUUUCGGCAUCGGACGCAGGACAUGUCUUGGCGAGUACAUGGCCCAGAAGGAGUACUUCCUGUUCUACGUCGCGCUCAUCCAGAAGUUUAAGAUCAAGCUCCCGGAUGGUGAUCCGAUACCCAAGUUGGAAGCACUGUGGUUGUGGGUCAGUCCGCCCAAGUACCAUCUGCAAGCAGAGCUCAGAGAGUAAACAGAAAAGCAUGUCGUGGAAAUUUGGGAGGUACGGUCGUAAACCAUGGCAUAGAGUGACAAACAGAAUGAAGUUGUAUUUAUCGAGACAAGACCGUUGCUUUUGAUGAUUUUUUCUAUUCUAAUGCUCUGGCAAGAAAAGGGGGCACUUGGCUGUAUGAUGGCUGUAUUCGGAUGAUUUAGAAGUAAAAUAAAUCAAUACAAAAAAAUAAACGUAGCUUGAGACAAUAAAUUUGUUGCUUUUUUUUGCUGCUGUUUGAGAAAUUUAUGCGAAAGAGAUGUCAUUCAAGACCUUUGUGCGAAGUACAUAGCAAUUUUGCAAAUGAAUGGUGUCAAUGGAGUAAUAAUAUAAAGAAACCAUUCGAUAAUUCAUUAAAUAGAAGAAACUUGUAUGGUGCAUUUUAACUGGAAUAUAACUCAGAACUUUCCAAAAUUGGUGGAUCCUCUAAAGGUUAAAUUUCAGUUAAAGUGCUUUGAUUUCUAAUGUAAAGUUAGUUACAUAAAUCUGGGCGACUAUUGUAAUCAGUCGAGCAUGUCAAUGAUUUCUAUUAUAUGUACAUGUACUGGGUCUAUCCAUGAUCGUGCGUGACUUUUUCUGUAAUCGACGACAGGUAAUGGUCCUUUAUGAUUGUUUUGAAGUGAAAGUGAAAUUAGUUAUUGCAUUUAUCACUUGUUCGAUCCACCUGCGAAUCUCUCCUUGUACUUAAUCCACUGUCCAUAAUGUCAUACGAAGCUUACAGAGUUUCCCAAUGUGCCUAGUUUAAUUCCGCUCAGCUCCAUUUCUAUAUACUCAUUGUGCAUAUUCUUAAAGCUCACAUCACAUUUUCUCUUGGCUGGUUAUAUUUCUGCUGCGUACUUACGCUUGAUGAGCUGUGAUUUUCAUUUUCCACAUGCUUUUGCCGCCCACAAAAUCUCACCAGGACAGUUGCUUUAUUUUGGCUUUUGUACUUAAGGAAAACGCGGAAGCGACGCAAAUACACCAUAGAUGUCUCAAAACAUUUGCGGCAACAUUCGCUUGAGUUGAAAAUAUGGUAACCUUUCCAGGAUUUGGCUUAUAAUUAAUCUGACAUCGGGAUUUGCGUUCUUGUUUACUUUUGCGCUUAAGCAUGAACUAGCCUUAACACUAGGAAGAGUUAAAGCCAGUUGCACACACUGCAAAGUUGCACACAUUAACUCGAGCGAAAUUGCGUUACAAAAUUGUCGUGAUGUCAAAUUCGCUUCGCUAUUGCUUUCACCUGAAGUAUGAACCGGCCUUCAUCACGUACGUUUGUGUGUUACUCUUAUUUUUUUAAAGUUGACAUGAAAAUUGAAGGAAGAGCACUUUAUUACAUUGCAACAACUUCCCUUUGGACUCACACGACUGGCCAUUAUUGCUUUGUGAAUUGGUCCCACAAAAUAAUUUGGAAGAUCAUAAUUGUGCUUAGUAGUUUAGGUUUGUUUGAUUAUUCCAAUGUUUUGAUAUAUCACGCACUUUGGCAUCCUGGUGACAGUGGGCAUUAAGCCGAUGGUUCUAAGUGACUGAAGGCCGGUUCAUACUUCAGGUAAAUAUGAAAGUAAAGUAAAUUUGACGUCACGUGGGAUUUGCAGCAAAAUGUCGCCCAAGGUUUUCAACUCGAGCGAAUUUGCGGCACGACUUUCUAAUCUGAUGGCAAAAAUUCGCUUUCGCUUGAAGCAUGAACUGACUACUUUUACGGUCUGCAAAAUUCAUCUACAGGUCUUUAACUCAAUGUUGCCCCGGCAACUAUAUGCGAAGUCUACCUCAGCCUCCAUAGUAAGGUUGGCUCACAUCCGCACUUCUAAUUCGCUUGCGUGCGUAUGUUUGGAAUGCAUGCAGGACCGUUGGUUCACCCUUCCUGUUGUCAUUUGAGGCCAGAGAGAGGGGGAAUUUGUGAACGGAAUAUUUUACCGGGAAUUCCUAAGGAGUGUUUCUUGCUAUACUAUUCGUAUUUUUAAGAAAUCAACGGGAAACACCAAGAGGCCACUAGCCUGUGUUCCUUGAAGGAUCAAUACAAUUUUCUUGGUAUGUUUAUCUUGCAUGAAAUAUGAUGGAAAGUAUUGCCUAUGGACGGUAUAUACCUUAUUUCUUUCAACUGAUGGCGCACAAAUUGUGUAUAAAAGAGAUAUAAUUUCACUUCUCUUAGGUUACAGAAUGCUAAACAGACAUACAGAAAUUAAGUCGAUAUGUUUAAAGUAGGAAUGAACGAUAAAAUGUAAAAAUACCGCAUGCAGAUACCAUCCAACCAUGCGACGAAUUUGAAUUAAAUAAUAGGCCUACUAUUGAUCUCAAAAUGA